UGUGUGACUUGCACUAGGGACCAUGGCUGGUGUCACCCUUGCAUGAUCAAGUCACAUCAGUCAUUACCUUUUCACAAAAUCCAAUUGUGGAUUGGCAAGUGCUUCAAGGACGUCACUCUUGCCGACCUGGGUUUUAUAUGGUACUUGGGCCAUGGGAGCGAGCCUUGCCCC